CGCCCCGCUCUUAAAGUGAAUGAAACCACUUGUUGAUGGUUUUCCUGUCCCUCAGCCAGCUCCACCUCCCAGUGGUUGAACUUUGAGCUUCUUGUAGCCCUGAUGAACAGCUUGGCUUUCGUCAAGUUUAUGACACUUGGAGCUUCAACAGUUGGAAAUUUAUGCACUUGGGGACUGGGCAACACUGUGCGGAGUUCAAAGUGCUAAGAGGCCAGAGAUCAGAAUGGCUUCCAGAGGAAAGACAGAGACAAGCAAAUUAAAGCAGAAUUUAGAGGAACAGCUGGACAGACUAAUGCAGCAGUUACAAGAUCUGGAGGAAUGCAGACAGGAACUCGAUACGGAUGAAUAUGAAGAAACCAAAAAGGAAACUCUGGAGCAACUAAGUGAAUUUAAUGAUUCACUGAAGAAAAUUAUGUCUGGAAAUAUGACUUUGGUAGAUGAGCUAAGCGGAAUGCAACUGGCCAUCCAGGCAGCCAUCAGCCAGGCCUUUAAAACCCCAGAGGUCAUCAGAUUAUUUGCAAAGAAACAACCAGGUCAGCUUCGGACAAGGUUAGCAGAGAUGGAUAGAGACCUCAUGGUAGGAAAGCUGGAAAGAGGCCUGUACACUCAGCAGAAAGUGGAGAUACUAACGGCUCUCAGGAAACUCGGAGAGAAGCUGACCGCGGAGGACGAGGCCUUCUUGUCAGCAAACGCAGGCGCCACGCUCAGCCAGUUCGAGAGAGUGUCCACAGACCUUGGCUCCGGAGACAAAGUUCUUGCCCUGGCAAGUUUUGAGGUUGAAAAGACCAAAAAAUGACAUGGUGUGGCAGCUUGGGACAUUGAUCACAUUCUUGCUGUAAAUGACGUUUGUCUCGUAGGGAUUUUGAAUUGUUGCAAAGAAAUCAUGAGAUCCUUGAAAUGCAUUGAUAACCUAAGAAACGGUGACAGAAAAGAUACUUUGGCUUCUGGUUAUACCCUUCCCCGUUGUGUUUCAGGGCUCCCUGCCUGAGUGAUCCCAGAUUGUUGGGGUGAGGAGCCCGUCGGACCUCAUUCACUAUGUCUUGUGUGUUUGAGAGAAGGAACGGAAAACGGUCUCUCUGCCUGUUUUUAUGAAACCUCCUUGUUUUAAGUCCUGAUAGUAAAUGAAAAGAUGUGAACUAAUGAUUCUUUUCUCUCAUAAUUGGUCCCCACUUGUUGGAGUGCAUAGUGUAGCAACAUCACUAGAUGUCAUGUGUGUUCAGAGAAUUUUAGAGUUCUAAGUGAUCUUGGAAACCAUUUUCACUUUAUAGACAAGGAAACUGAGGCUCAGAAAGAACACGUUGACUUGCUGAAAGUCACGUCCGAGACAGAGCUGGUGGUAAGACGUGGGCGUCCUGACUCUCAGUUUAGUGUCUGUUGAGUUUUCUUUCUUUCUAUUUUGUGCUGUUUUUGAAAACUAAUUAACACAUAUUUGGGCAAGUCUGUGUUUAUGAAAAUUCGGUGUCCCAACAAAAAGUUGUCACUAAGGGCCCGGUCCCCCAGCCAGGAGGGCCUCCAUGUGAAAGGGGCCAUUGUGUCCCUGGGUUGUGAGCUUGGAACAAUGGGGGCCCUGUUGAGAGUCUCCCGUGGUAACUUAACCUCCUGCUUUGUUUAAGUGGCAGCCAGAGCCCCCCAGCGCGCCCCCCUCCCCACGUGUGUGACCUCUUUGCUGAGACCCAGAGGGUGGGGACUGUAAAUAUGAUUUCCCCUUCUGUUUUUGGAGAAACAGAACACGUUACGAGGAAAAGCGACUCUCGAGUGUUUAUAUUUCCCUGCGUGCUCAAAUGCAUCGAUUUCCCCAUGCGCGUGGAUGCUCGCUUAUUUUCUGGGCUCUGGCCGCUUGAUGCUUUUUCAUGUCUGUCUCAGUUUUCUUUUCCUUUGCACUUUAUACAAACUAAAAACCUUUCCGAAGCUUCCCGUAUACUGUGAACCCCACCGGUGCUCUGCCGGCUGGCCACGCGAGGGACCUCAGCUUCAUCAAUGCCUUAUUUGAAACUCUUAAUGGGUAGCUUUUUUUAUAUACUGGCUUAUAGAAGUCAGAAACUUAUUGAAAUUGUGACAAACCAACAAAAAGCAAAUUAAUUACCUGCUAUUCAUGUAGGAUUUUACGGUCACUCAUCAAUAUUUCAUUAUUCUGCAGUUUUGUUUGUCUGUGUUUUCAAGUCAUCUCUACACCCAACGUGGGAUCCCGAGAUAGUGUCGCAUACUCUACCAACCAAACCAGCCAGGUGCCCCUCGUCUGUGUGUUUUUAAAUCGAGGUGAAACUCAUAUAAAAUUCACAAGUGUACAAUUCAGUGGUGUUUGGUACAUUCACAGUGUUGUGCAGCCAUCACUAAUCUAGUUCCAGAACAUUCUCACCACCCCAAAGGAGACCCUGAACCCAUUAAGCACUCUCUCCUCAUGACCUCCUGCGUGUCCCAGCCCUCCGGCAACCGCUAACCUGCUUUCUGUCUCUGGACUUACCUUUCUGGAGAUUUCCUGUCAAUGGAAUCCUACAGUAUGUGACCUUUUGUGUCUGGCUUCUUUCACUGAGCGUAUUUUCAAGGUUAAUCUAAGCUGUAGCAUGUUAUCAGUACUUCAUUCCUUUUCAUGGCUGAAAAUGUUUCCUUGCAUGGAUGCUACAUUGAGCUUCUCCAUCUACCCCUUGAACAUUUGGAUGUUUUCCACUUUCUGGCUAUUGUACAUAGUACUGCUGUGAACAUUUGUAUCUAAGUGUUCAAGUAACCUGUUUUCAGUUCUUUUGAGAUUAUAGCUAGGAAUGGAAUUGCCGUGUGUGUGUGUGUGUGUGUGUGUGUGUGUGUGUGUGUGUGUUGGUUUGGUUUUGUUUUGUCUUUUAAGCCGUAACAAGAUUCCCCUUUCCCCUCCAGCAGGAGGAUAAGGAAAAUUGGGAAUAUUUGGUAUUUGAAAGGGGCCUGCAUGAACCUGGAGUCCUGAAUUUUGAUUUCCCUUACACUUUCUAGAAGACUAACAUCAAUGAACUAUUUUGUCAUUAAUACAUUAGUGUAUUCAUUUUGUAAGUAAUGACUAGUACUCAAAAUUAAUCUUCCUCUAAAAGUCACAAAGUUAGCAGUACCCAGCAAGAUACUGUCAUUCGUGACCGUGUGACCUUUGGUAGGUUACUCAAUCUUUUGGAGGCUCAUUUUCCACUUCCAUUCAGUAGGGAUAGGUGGUAGGACUUACCUACCACGUCGGGUUACUGUGGAUCUCUCUCUCCCUUAAUGCAGAGAGAAGUUUCGCUUUGGAGCUAAUCUGCCAUUUAAUAGUUCUUUCGAGGGCCAUGUUAUAUAUUUUGUUUCACAAAUUUGGUAUUUAAUUCAGAAAAAGGGUAAUUGAGAAGCGAGUAAUUUGAAAAUUCUGUAUACAGUUAUAAUUAUUAAAUGAUUUGCAAACUGUGUUUCCUGUUCAUAUUUUGCUGUUUAAACUCGGGGGAAUUCUCAGUCAGCAAUAACUAGUGCUAAGGCAGCUAACUUUUUGAUAUCUUUGGGUCAAGCUAAUACUUUAGUGAGAAAAAUUCCUGCAUUUUUCAAAGAACUGGGGUUGAAGCAGACGUAGGUUCCAAGAGCAAGUGUACAACUGAGCUGUUUAAUGGAAGGUAACCAUUUGAAACAAUUUCUAGGGGCUCCUCACUGGCUCAGUCUGAAGAGUGUGUAACUCCUGAUCUCGGGGUUCCACGUUGGAUGUAGAGAUUACUUAAAAAUAAAAUCUUUAAAAAAAUAAAA